ACUCCUCCGCGCGGUUCAGUUAAACGAGGCUCCAAACUGAACACACCACACCGCCGCAGCCGAGCCCAGCACAGCAGCAGCAGCAGGGCAUCGCACUCACCGACGCGGCCCGCCCGCCGCCGCCCGCGACGGCAAGUGCGAGGCCGGGCACGCCAGCCCCCACAGGAGGCGGCGCCACACGACUCCGGGAUCUCGAGAUCUUAGUAUCCCUAGAGAUGGAAGGAAGAAAGGCAGAUUCAUGGUAAACCCUGGUAAAUAUUCCUGGGAGGUCAGCAAGUGGCGGCCUGAUUAAGACUUCUACAACACUUUGAGGUUCAUCUCCAAUUAACUAGUGAUGCCGAGAAUGAAGGUCCCAAAGCGUUAUGUCAUAGUGUUGCUGACAUUCAUCUGCACCAAUGUCUGUUACAUUGAGCGUGUGGGUUUCUCGAUUGCGUACACCGUAGCAGCUGAUGCAAUCAACGUGAAUCAAGCAAACAAGGGCCUGAUACUCUCCAUGUUCUAUUAUGGCUAUGUUCUGUCGCAAAUUCCUGGUGGAUGGGCAGCUCAGAGAUUGGGAGGGAGACGUGUUCUGCUGCUGUCAUUUCUGUUGUGGUCUUUGAUAUGCGGUCUAAUUCCACUGGACCCCAACAGAGUAGUCAUUCUGGUCCUUUCUCGCCUUUUUGUUGGUGUAGCACAAGGUUUCAUAUUUCCUGCCAUUCACACAGUCCUGGCACAAUGGGUGCCACCGCAGGAGCGCUCUCGCUCAGUGUCGUUAACAACCUCAGGGAUGUACCUCGGGGCAGCUUGUGGCAUGCUGUUCUUUCCAAGUCUGGUGAAGCACAUGGGACCCCAAUCUGUAUGUUUAGUCGAAGCAGUACUUGGAGUGGCAUGGUCUGUAAUAUGGUUGAAGUUCUCCAGUGAGCCACCUCGCACUGACCUUCCAAAAGUGGCAAUGCCAAAAGUAGCAUCCCGGGAGAAGAUUAAGGCACAAUCAACAGGGGUUGUUGCACCUCGCACUGUAAAGAUACCAUGGCGAAGGAUUAUCUUCAGUCUACCUGUUUGGGCAAUUGUUGUGAACAACUUCACCUUCCACUAUGCCUUGUAUGUUAUCAUGAACUGGCUGCCUACCUAUUUCGAACUAGCCCUUAAGCUUAGCCUCCAGGAUAUGGGAUCGUCAAAGAUGCUUCCCUAUUUCAACAUGUUUAUAUUCUCCAACAUUGGUGGAGUGGUUGCUGAUCACUUGAUUACAAAGAGGAUCUUAUCAGUUACCAAGACAAGGAAGCUCCUUAACACCAUUGGGUUUGUUGUCUCGGCUGUUGCACUUAUGGCCCUUCCUUCAUUCGGGACGCCCUCAGGGACUGUGAUCUGUUCAUCUGUAUCCCUUGGUUUUCUGGCUCUAGGAAGAGCAGGGUUUGCGGUGAAUCACAUGGAUGUUGCUCCAAAGUUCGCCGGCAUAGUGAUGGGGGUUUCAAAUACAGCUGGGACAUUGGCUGGGAUAGUUGGCGUUGGCCUCACGGGAAAUAUUCUGGAGGCUGCAAAGGCCUCUAACAUGGAUCUGACAAACUCCGAAACCUGGAAAACAGUCUUCUUUGUUCCAGCAUACCUCUGUAUUUUUAGUUCAGUCAUUUUCUUGAUCUUCUCAACUGGUGAGAAGAUUUUCGAAUAGAGGAUGAUUAUUUUUGCCUUUUCUUUUCUUCUCAUUACGGCGAGGCAGGAUAGAAAAACGGGAAUCUCACAUAUAUUUUAUUCAUUAUCUGUAAGAUUUCAGAGCUCAGACUGCAUCCCACACAUAUUAAGUUAUGUUAUGUUAGGAAGAAUAACACUUCUCUGUGGUAAAUUGUGUUUUCUGGAAU